AUGUCUCUGCCAUUCUCAAAUCAACCCCCCGCCGAGCGGAUCCCCUAUGCCAUCCCACAGCUAGAGGGUGAACGUAUCACCAUCCCUGGCAGUAAGGGUGUCUUCCGCAUCCUAGCUUCCUCAAAGCAGACCGAUGGUCUGAUGGCCGUGUUCACAAGCGGUGCCACCCUUUCCGAUGCCCCUGGCUUCCACUACCAUAACAAAGCCCACGAUGUCUUCUUGGUGACAAAGGGUUUCCUGAAGCUGUACAACGGAGACAAGUGCCGUAUCAUGGGCCCUGGUGACUUUGCCUACGUCCCACCGACCGUCAUUCACAUGCCCGACAUGAUCGGUCCCCACUCCGAGCUCCAAGGCCUCAUCACCCCCGGUGACUGGGUAGACUUCUUCCGCCACGUCUCCGAGCCGUACGAAGGUGUCCUCGUGCCCGAGACUGACAACCGUGACUUGAAGUCGCUCCUGAUCCCGAAGGUCAUGGCCGCCAAGGGCAAGUUUGAUGUCGUCUUCCAGCCUCACUACCAGCCUCCGGAGCUGGGAGAGUGGACCAAGGAUGAUGAAAAGCUGCCCGAGGGAUCAGAGGGUUACUUCCUACGUGCCAACACUGGCCCCCGCUGGAUGCUGGGCGGAGUCAUGUCCCGUCCUUUUGUCACUACGAAGCAGAGCACCGGAGUGUGCGCUAUUUCCAGCAUUGAGUCAUCUAAGGAUUAUGGCGAGACUGCUCUCUCUACAUUUAUGUCCUUUGCUAAGGUUGAUCACUGCUUCUGUGUGAUGGAGGGAUCCCUCAAGGUCCGUCUGCAGGGCUCGGGGGAGACCAUCUUCCGUGAGGGUGAGACGGUGGUUAUUCCUGCUGGACAGGCCUUUGCAUUAGACUUUGUGAGCAAGUACGUCAAGGUGCACUCCUUCACCGAUGGUGAUGGUAUCGAGUCCCUGAUCCACGAGCUUGGUAAGCCCGUGGAGGGUGUUGUGCUGCCGGACCAGGCUCCUGAGUGGGACCCUUCGCAGUUGGCCUCUGUUACUGACCGACUGAACGUGACUUUCUCAUGA